UCGCCGGCCGCCGCGCCCGUCAACAUCGGCUUCUGUCACCGGCCGGAGCCGAACCGCCGCCAGUUUGUGGAGGCGGUGCGGCGCAACCAGGCGGACCGGGCGCUGGAGCAGGCGGCGCGCGAGCGCUGUCUGUACGUGCCGCUCGACCAGGUGGAGGCCGAGUGGCGGCACGCGCUGGGGCCCGAGCACGCGCGCAACGUGGCCGAGCACUACGGCGUGUUCGGCGACCUGUUCGGCGUCGGCUUCUUCACGCCGGUGCUGCCGCUUCGCGUAUCGUUCCCACUCGGGGAGGAGGAGUGCGCCGUGGCGCACGUCGGCAACAGCAUCAAACCGGCCGAGGCCAGCCGGCAGCCGGACGUGGCGUUCGAGGCGCCCGAGCACAGCCUCUGGACGCUGGUGUGCACUAACCUGGAGGGCCCGCUGGGCGGCGAGGCCCCCGAGCUGGUGCACUGGCUGGUGCAGAACAUCCCCGGCUCGGACGUGUCGCGGGGCGAUGUGGUGUACGAGUACCUGCAGCCGCUGCCAUUCCGAGGCACUGGCCACCACCGCAUCGUGUUCGUGCUCUAUAAGCAGCAGGGUGUGCUACCGAGAGAAUCCGAGUCGGCCGGAACGGGAGGCGGCGUCCUUGACGGGCGAAAGUUCAGUACGGAGCAGUUCUACCGGCGCCACGAGGAUCAGCUGACGCCGGCUGGUCUGGCGUUCUUCCAGAGUGACUGGGACUACUCUGUCACCGAGUUCUUCCACAACGUGCUACAGAGGAAGGAGCCGGUGUUCGAGUUUGACUUCAAGCCGCCCUACAUCCGGCGGCAGCGCUGGUUCCCCAAGGGCGAGAGCGUAGUGCAUUACUUCGACAAGUACGCCGACCCGAAGGACCUGCACAAGCAGAUGCUGCUGAAGCGCCUGGCCAAGGUGUCGCCGUUUGAGGGCGUCGCUGAGGAGCCCAAAUACCCGCUGGCCAUACCGAAGGAGGUGCGCGGGCCGCGCCCGGCCACCUGGAUCAUCAACGAGCGCCGCAAGGAGGCGCGCAAGAUCAGCAAGUACUACUACAUCGACCGGCGGCCGGACACCGUGUUCGACCCGCACGUGUAGCCGGACCCGGCUGGGCGCCCCGGCCGCCGCCGAGAGCGGACCGGUGCGUCAUGUGUUUGUGGGCCCGGCCUGCGCACCCGGACCUGUCGAAGCGAGCGCCGGUUCGGACGGACGUGCCGCUGUUUAUUACGUGUCCGACCCGCGAUGUCGCCGCUGGCACCUCUAGGAAUACAUGUGUGUGGGUGUGUGU